GAAACUCGAGCGAACCAAGAUGUCAGCAACAAGUAGAUCCGCGAAAAAACCUUCCAAUAUUUUGGAGAAGAAAAUCCACAAAAAUCCCAAGUAUGAUCAUAUUGGUGCAACCGUUGACACGGGAGCCAGCAUCUCGAGAUAUGAGCAAAAGAUCGAAGAAAUGCGGAAAAAUUACAAAUACAGAAAGGAUGAAAUUUUCAAGAGAAUGAAGGUUUCAACGUUGACACAGCUGAUGACGAUGCUUCUCAAUAUUUACCAAGUUUGUAGAACAAUUUCUUGUAUCUAUUCAUUUAGUCUCAUACAUGGUGUUGGAGAAGUUGACAUACGGGAUCGGGAUGAAAAAGAAGACAGGGACACCAGCUUUAAUGAAGAGCAGUUGGCAGUUCCUGAAGUUGAAUCCCUGCCAUAUCUUUUGCUGGAUGUUAGAGAUGAAGAUGCCUAUAAGAAAUGUCAUAUCAUAGGAGCUCUUAGUUAUCCUUCUUCAAUGCUAUCAAGAUCAUACAACUAUUUCACCAAAGAAAUUCUUACAUUUAAAAAUAAGCUGGGAAAGAUAAUAAUACUGUAUGAUGAAGAUGAAAGAUUGGCUCCCACAGCAGCAACAACAUUUGUACAGAGAGAGGUUGACAAUGUUUUCAUGUUGUCAGGAGGUCUCAAAGUGCUGUAUAAGAAGUUUCCCGAAGGUUUAAUCACCGGUCAAGUGCCACAAUCCUGCUGGCCCACCCCUCCCCCUUCACGAAAGUCAUCUGGGAAAGCGACUAGCUCGACGAGACCCAGUCCAAACGCCUUUGCCGAUCAGAAAUGGUUUUAUCCAGAGGACCUGAUAAAACUCCAGGACAAACUGGAUGAUGAACUUCUGAGUCAAGACAAGAGCAGCCGUCAGAGUUCCCGUUUGUCCAGUCGAUCAGCAACGUCAUCAGCGAGCAGAGCGUCAACUUCCGCCAGCUCUGCUACCAGUCGCAGCUCCAAACCUAUUUGGAAAUAAUCCGAUUAAGAAUCAAGACAUUUUUCUUUCCAGCACCGCUCAUCUAAGGAAGCACGUGAAGGCCUAGGGCUUAGAAUGGGCCCCGUUUCGAUUCAACGAAGGGCUUUGAAAGACGGGCAAAUGACAUCGAAUGUUAAUUUUAAUUUUGGACAAAGAUUCAUUCGAUGAAGAGAAUGGCUAAAGAAUUCUUGAGCCUGCAGCAUUCGUUAGGAAUAGGUUGAAGUUGUGCAAGGUUUUGUCGAAAUGUUAACAACCUUCAUUUUACCAUCGGGUGCUGGCACUCAAUACACUCAGCAUGUCCUAAACUUCAUGUUCAGUCUUAACAAUUAAACAAUUAUGCUCUUAAUUAUGCUACGAAUAAAAACAUUUUUUAAAUGUCCUAAAAAGUAAAAACAUUCCAUAGGGAAAGAAAGUAGGAAAGCCAAAGAAACAACGCAAACCCCAAAAGAAAACUUUGAAGCGUUUUAGGUUGUUUUUCAAGGGAAGGUUUAUUUGCAAAUCAGCCUCAAUUUGAUAUGCUUGAUCAAGUUUUCUUGUUUUGCGUCCCGAGCGCUGGCUAUUUUUGUGAACUCUUCCUUGUCGCCUCGCACUUCCACUGAGAUAAUUGUAUGUCCUAGUGAGCAAUUUGUUUACCUGAAUCUUAAUAUAUCAAAGUAAAAUGCAGUAUAUUUUUCUGUCCUGGACGAGAAUCUUUUUUCAUAUUUGAUGGAAUGAGAAAAAAUGGAUUUAAAAGAAAAUGUCCCUUGUGCCCAUUCAUAAUUUUAAGUGUUUAUUGGCUCGGUGAAGAGUGUACGUUAUUAGAUUUUGAGUGGAAUGGUAGCCCCUGAUUACCUGUGUGAGGGUUCCUUCACACGACAUGUACUUGGAAUAACACUUUGUAAAUAAAAUGAGAGACUGCAGCGAAA